AUGGCUGUCGCGUCCGACAGCAACCAGGCGGGCCCAGGGCUCCAGAACCAUGACGAAAAGAGGAUAUCCAACCAGAACGACACGACAACUGAUACAGAGUCGACCAAGGCGAAUCUCGAAUCCGCUCCCGGUGCCCUCCCCGGUCCCGCCGGCGUGGCUGGCUUCCCGCCGGCGCCCGACGGGGGGGCCCGCGCCUGGCUCGUCGUUGCCGGCGCCACCUGCAUCUUCUUCUCCUGCCUGGGCUUCAUGAACUCGUUCGGCGUCUUCCAGGCCUACUACAUGAGCCACCAGCUGCGCGACCACUCGCCGGACGCCAUCUCGUGGAUCGGCUCCCUCACGGCCUUCAUCCAGUUUGCCGGCGGCGCCCUCACCGGCCCGCUCUUCGACCGCUUCGGCCCCUGGGUCAUCCGCCCCGCCGCCGUGCUCUACGUCUUCGCGCUCAUGAUGACGAGCAUCUGCAAGGAGUACUGGCAGUUCAUGCUGGCCCAGGGCGUGCUGGCCGGCUUAUCCAUGAGCAUGCUCCAGGUGCCCGCCUUCGCCUCCGUGUCGCAGUUCUUCGACAAGAAGCGGGCCGCCGCCCUCGGCCUCGUCGUCUCGGGCAGCUCCGUCGGCGGCGUCAUCUUCCCCAUCGCCCUGUCCAAGAUGCUGAACGGCACCACGCUCGGCUUCGGCUGGUCGGUACGCGUCAUGGCCUUCGUCAUCACGCCCCUGCUCCUGUUCGCCUCCUUCGCGAUCACGACCCGGUUCCCGCCCCGCAAAACCAACUUGUUCAUCCCCUCGGCCUUCACCGAGCUCCGCUUCCUCAUGGUCAUCGCGGCCGCGUGGUGCGCCUUCCUCGGCAUGUUCAUGCCCUUCUUCUACAUCCCGAGCUACGCCAUCACCAGGGGCCUCGAGGCCACCCUCGCCUCGUACCUCCUGGCCAUCGCCAACGCCGCGUCCACGUUCGGGCGCAUCAUCCCCGGCAUCAUUGCCGACAAGUUCGGCAAGCUCAACGUCUUCGCGACCGGGUCCCUGCUCACCGGCGUCGUCGUCCUCUGCCUGAACAGCACCGUCAGCACGGCAGGCCUGGUCGUCUACUCCCUCGCCGUCGGCUUCGCGUCCGGCACCAUCAUCUCGGGCGCGAGCUCUGCCAUCUCCGUCUGCACCAGCGACCCCCGCAACCUCGGCACCUACAUGGGCAUGGGCAUGGCGGUGGCCAGCACUGCGUCGCUCGUGGGGCCCCCCGUGUGCGGAGUCAUGAUUGACAAGUAUGGAGGUUUCCUGCAGGCGGCAAUCUUCGCCGGCGUCGCUUGUCUGGCCGGUGCUGUCGUGGCCUUCGCUGCCAAGCUUACCACUCCUCAGGGCCUUUUCGGCAGGGCCUAA